GAGAGAAAGAGAGAAAAAAAAGAGAAAAAAAAAAUACACACACAGCAGCAAACAAAAAGAAAAAACAUACGGAUUAAUUUUGUGCGUGUUAUAAAUUUCUCCUAGAAAAUAAUUGUUAUUAAAUUGACAUCUAAAAUGUCGUAUGCAUAUUUAUUCAAGUACAUAAUCAUUGGUGAUACUGGAGUUGGUAAAUCAUGCCUUCUUUUACAAUUUACUGAUAAAAGAUUUCAGCCAGUUCAUGAUUUAACAAUUGGUGUUGAAUUUGGAGCACGAAUGAUAACAAUUGAUGGAAAACAAAUAAAAUUACAAAUUUGGGAUACAGCAGGACAAGAAGCAUUUCGUUCAAUAACAAGAUCAUAUUAUCGUGGUGCUGCUGGUGCAUUACUUGUUUAUGAUAUAACACGCAGAGAAACAUUUAAUCAUUUAACAACAUGGCUAGAAGAUGCUAGACAACAUUCAAAUUCAAAUAUGGUUAUUAUGUUGAUUGGUAAUAAGAGUGAUUUAGAUGCAAGAAGAGAAGUUAAACGUGAAGAAGGUGAAGCAUUUGCACGUGAACAUGGUUUGGUUUUUAUGGAAACAAGUGCUAAAACAGCAGCAAAUGUUGAAGAAGCAUUUAUCAAUACAGCCAAAGAAAUAUAUGAAAAAAUUCAAGAAGGAGUUUUUGAUAUAAAUAAUGAGGCUAAUGGCAUUAAAAUUGGACCACAACAUUCACCAACAAGUACUGGAGGUCUUGCUGGUGCUGGUGGCCAAGGUGCUGCUGGUGGUGGUGGUUGCUGCUAGGGUCUAGUCUUGGCCUGUCCAUGGAUUCAUCCUACAACAAUUUGAUCAUAAUUAUUUCAUUUAUUCCUGCUCGAAAUAAUUAGUUUAAUUUUAUUUAAAUAUUUGUGUUUUCAACUUUUUACAUGAAAAAAAAAAAAGACAAAACCAACACUUAGUUGUUUAAAAAACAAACUUAUAAAUGAAUAAUUUAAAAAAAAAAAUAUCUUGUUUAGUUUUCAAAAUAGUGGGUGUUUCAUUUUUUUUUAAUUAUAUUAAAAUUUAAUUAUUAUCAGUCAAUUUUUAUCUAUCAAUUCAAAUGUAAACUGUACAACAAAAAAUUAUAUUUUAAGUUUCUUUUUUUUUGUAUAUACUUGUUCUAAAACAAAAGAAUAAUUUUCUUUUUUUUUUUUACAUAGAAAAAGAGUACAAUUAAUUUUACUUUCUCUCUAUCAGAUAUAUUAUUAUUUUUUUUUUUUUAAUUAUAAUAUGACUAUGUUUAAUAACAAUGCAAAUAGAAAUAUUUAUAAAUAAUUUUUUCUUUUUUUACAACGCAUUUCAAUGUGAUCAAUAAUGUGUGAUGAUAAUUAUUAUUUAAAAUAUAUAAUAACCAAAAAUAAAAUAAAACAUCUAUAAAAACAAAAAUAAAAAAUUAUAAUAAUUGUUAAUAUUAAUGAUAAUCGAGCAGGAAUAAUUUGAGCUAUCCAACAAAAUGUAAAAUUUUGUGUUUAUUAAUGUGUACCUUAAUGAUGGAUAUGACUUAAAAAACAAAAUUUAAUUUCCAUUUUCUUUUUUUUUUUUUAAAUUAGUUUAAUUAAAAAAUUUAUAAUCAUAUUAAAUAAAAAAUGCCUAAAAAACAUUUUCAUCUUUUUUUCAAUUAAAAUUUGUGGUAUCUUCGCUGAAAGAAAGAUGAAUAAUAUUAUUUCAAAAAAAAUUAACAUGUGUGCCAAAACAA